AUGACCGAAGUUGAGCUGCAGGCGCCGCCAAGUGACGGCGUCUCCUGUCUACGUUUUGGCACUCAAUCGCAUCUUCUGGUUGCAUCAUGGGAUGCAAUGUUACGUGUAUAUGAUGGUGCUAGAUUGCGCACGAGCAUUGAGAUGGAGACGCCCGUACUCAGCUGCUGUUAUGGCAAAAGCGAUGCCGAGGCCUUUGCCGGUGGUCUAGAUUGUAUUGUGAACCAAAUUGACGUGACAACGCGUCAAAAGACAGCGCUUGGGACGCAUGAUGCUGCUGUGAGACAUGUGGGCUACUCGAGGGAGUUUGGACUUGCGGUGAGUGGCGGCUGGGACGGCAUGAUCAAGGUAUUUGACGUCCGGAAUGGAGCCAAUGCCAAGAUUCACGAGGCUAAAGUACCUGGAAAAGUCUUUGGAAUGGACGCUUGUAGUCAUUUGGUGGCGACUGGGACAUCCGAGAGACAAGUGGCGGUGUUUGAUCUGAGACAAUUGACUCAGCCACUUGUCCAGAAAGAAAGUCCCUUAAAGUAUCAGAUGCGAUGCGUAAGUAUCUUUCCUGAUCUUACUGGCAUUGCUCUAGCAUCAGUAGAAGGACGUGUAGCACUUGAGUACUUUGAAGACGACAUGGUGACGACGACAGCGGAAUCGAGUAAGAAAAAACGUAGUUACGCGUUCAAAUGUCAUCGUGGUAAAAUGGAUGGCCAGACACUUAUUUAUCCCGUCAACUCGAUUUCUUUUCAUCCGACUUACGGUACGUUUGCUACGGGUGGAUGCGAUGGAGUUGUGAAUUUUUGGGACGGCGCCAACAAAAAGCGCAUUACGCAUUUGCGCCAAUACCCGACGAGUGUCUCGGCGCUGGAUUUUAAUCAUGAUGGAUCAAUACUUGCCAUUGCUGCCUCGUACACGUACGAACAGGGCGAGAAAGACCACCCAAACGAUGCAAUUUUUCUUCACACGGUGCAGGAUUCUGAGAAAGAGCUGAAGGAGAAAAAAGUUGUAAGAUACCAGAGACUGACAUCAUCGUCCCCUUCAGCAAUUGCACACAGCCUAAGGAGGGCACAGGCGCGACAUGCUAAGGAGCAAUGCUUGAUCUUACGGGAUCAAGCGGCAUUUUGUUCUACCUUCUUUGGUUCUUCUCGUUUGGUUUCAUGUAUACACGUCGCGAUUGCAGCUUAA